UUUCCACUCAUUUUAAUAUAAAAGCUUGGUGGGCUCUUGGCAAUCGGUACAGUUUGGUUCGGAUCAACGACCAAAACGCGUCUUCCAAUCAACAGUGUGAUCUAGUUCCUCCGGUAGUUCAGGACGAAAACAAGGAUUCGUCGCAAUGUUUAAGUUCACAAUCCUCGCCAGUUGUCUGGCUGCAGUGGCCAUCUGCUCCCAGGACGAUCUGCAGGGAGCCGAAAGCGGCUGGAGUGGCUGGAGCUCUGGCGGAGGUGGUAGCAGCGGCGGCCAUGGUGGUGGCUGGAGCUCCGGAGGCAGCGGUGGCUAUGGAGGUGGCUACGGAGGUGGUUAUGGAGGUGGCCAUGGAGGCAGCGGAAGUGCCAUCAUCAUCUCGAGCGCUUCCAAGGGAUGGCCAUCGUCGUCUUCGGGAGCUGGCUGGAGCCAGGGAGGCGGAUCCGGCUGGAAAAAGGGCAACUCUGGCUGGAGCCAGGGAGGUGGAUCCGGAUGGAGCAAGGGUGGCGGUUCUGGAUGGAGCAAUGGCGGAGGUGUCGGUGGAUGGUCCGGAUCUGGCCUCGGCGGUGGAUAUGCUAAGUCGUACAGCAACUUGAACAGCGGCAGCUACGGACAUGGAGGAGCUGGACGCAGCUAUGGAGGCGGUAGCUCUGGAUGGUCCUCGGGAGCUUCGGCUUGGCCUUCGAGCAGCGCUGGAUGGUCCGGUAGCCAGGGAGGCUGGAGCAAGGGUGGAAGCGCUGGUGGCUGGCCAAGCUCGUCCGGAUGGAGCUCUGGAAACCAGGGAUGGUCUUCGGGUGCUGGUGCCGGUAAGGGCUGGAGCUCGGGAUACGGCAACGGAGGUGGAUGGUCCAGCGGUGGUGGAUACGGAAACGGUGGAUGGUCCACUGGCGGAAGCUCCGGAGGACACGGUGGAUGGAGCAACGGUGGAGGUUCUUCCGGAUGGAAGAGCUGGUAAACCGACCCGGCCGUAGUCGUUCUACCUCAAACAUCGAAAUGUCUAUUUGUGACCUGUGUUCAAAGUGCCAAAUCCGCACUCGAAUUAAAACAAACAUCAUUUUGAGAAAGAAAGCUAA